CACCACUACAAACCAUUGGCAGUACAAAAGCUUGCUUAGAUCUUUCCUCACCAAGUUGCAACCUGCAACUAGCAUCCCACACACCUCUAUUAAAAAAUGAACUAUAUAUCAAAAACAGAAAAUUAGAAAAAAAAAAAUAAAACAUUUGUUUCUUCUCUCCUUUUCCCUCCUCCUCCCCCUCUCUUUCACAGCAAAAAGCUUUACUUUGUCCAUCAUUUUUCAUCUAAAAAAGGCAAAAAAAAAGCCAUGUAUCCAUCAUCAACUUCUUCAUCAUCACAAGGUUCAAUGGGUCCAAAUGGAGGGAGCAGCACAGGUGGGCUAAUCCGGUACGGCUCAGCUCCAAGUUCCCUCCUGGCUACAGCCGCUGAUUCAGUUACAAAUCCCAGCUCACGUGAAUUCUCAGCCCUUGGAUCCUCCCACAACCUCCACAUGGGCCCUACAUCAUCAUCUUCAUCAAGAUUCUUCCCUUCUUCAGAAACAUCCUCCCUCACUUCUGAAUCCACCUGCAAAACAUCCAACAGCAAUCCCAGAGAAAAGGGUCCAAAUAUCAGCAGUGGUCUGCAUAGAGCUUUCGGUUUCAAGCAAGAUAAUCAUCAAGGGUCCAUUAUUGGUGGUGCUGGAGGUGCGGGUAUGGUAUCUUCAUCUUCUUCUUCUACUGCUACAACUGCUUCGCCUUUGGUUCGUCAUAGCAGCUCGCCUCCUGGUUUCCUUAAUCAUCUUACUCAUGCUUGUGCUUCCAAUGAAGAUAAUGAUUUUUUAACAGGUGCUCAAAGUUACGAGUUAGUACGUCUAAUCAAUACUCAAUUUGUCAUUUACCACACUCUCAAAUUUAUUGUUAUUAUCAAAUGUUUUCCGAUUGCUAGGACCCAUGAUAUCUCAAGAUUGAACUCUCAGCUGAGCUUUACGCAUCAAGAAACUCUUUCCCAGAUCUCUGAAGAGACUGAGAAUGUUGAUAAUGGCCUCAAUUCAGAGAAUGAGAAAAGAAAAUCUGCUCAUACUUACAGCAAUGUAAGUUAUGGAGUAGGUCCUUGGGAAGAUGCCAAUACGAUAAUGUUUUCGAUGGGGCCAACAAGCAAAAGAGCUAAGAGCAUGAGCGGUGACAUUGUCAAUCUGAACAGCAUGGAAACUCAGUUUCAGUUUGGCAUGCCUCAGACAAUGCUGGAUAUGAGCUCCAUGGAUAAGUUGCUCAACAUCCCUCAAGAUUCUGUGCCUUGUAAAAUUCGUGCAAAGCGUGGUUGUGCUACUCAUCCCCGCAGCAUUGCAGAAAGGGAGAGGAGAACGAGAAUAAGUGGGAAGUUGAAGAAGUUACAAGAUCUUGUUCCUAAUAUGGACAAGCAAACCAGCUAUGCUGAUAUGCUGGAUUUGGCGGUGCAACAUAUCAAAGGCCUUCAGAAUCAGGUUCAGAGGCUCCACAAGGAACUUGAUAAUUGCACAUGUGGCUGUAGAAAACCACAAGAUUCUUGUCGAGGAGGAAAGAGCUGAAGCAAGAACAGUCAAGCUUGAUAGAAAGAUUUUUGUUGGUAAUGCAAGACAUAUCUGACUGGAUAGCAUCCUUUGCCGGGCUCAAUGUGGAACCUAAGUUCCAAGCCAUGCAAAUGAGCCAGAAUGAAACCCGGAGUUGCCAGAGUUGUAUAUAAUGAGGCUCUCUCAAGGUUCCGCUGAAGAUGUCUGGUUAUUUUUGCUUUCUAAACUCCAAAUAAUGCUUCUAAGGGGAUUUCUUAACAACUACUUGGAUCCUUUUCGAUCUUUUGUCCCCCCGAUUUGUAGAGAUGACCUAAUAGUUGGUUUUGGGAGCUCAAUUUUGUUCUGCUCAGAUGUUUCAAUACAUUGGUGUCUCGAUAUCGGUUGUACAUACCAUACACUUUGGUUCUGUUCUUAGUGUAUCGAAAAUGUCCAAGUAGAUGGUGAUGACCA